AUGCAGUCUCCCGUCGUGGCCACCAAAUUCCAUUUCACAAAAUCUGCAAUUUACAGCACUGGCCACUCCAAGAAGAGAACCACCAUCUUCCAUUUCAAAUUCACACGUUCCUCUACUUUACGAAUACAAAGAUUCAACUUAGAGAACCAUUUGGUCUCUCCAUGGUCUUCCACCAUUUUUCCAAGGGGCAUAAGGAAUUGCACAGAAUGUAUCAAUGUUUCAUGGAGAUGGUUUUCUCAAGUCAUCUCUUUUUACUUGUUCUGUCUAAAUCUUGUCGCUGAUGCUGAGGCAAUUGACUAUCCAUCUCCUUCUUUUGUGUAUGCUUGUGAAGAUGUUAACAAUUACUAUGCCAAUGCGGAUCAUUUAGAGGGUAAAUCACUCAAGAAAAAACUGAAUUCCAUCAUAGCCAGGCACCAAUCUUUAUCCUACAGAGAGGUGUGGAAUGCCCUCAAGCUUCUUGAUGCUUCGGAUGUUGACAACCCCAAAGCUUCGUCAGGAAUAGUUGAAAUUUACUCCUUGAGGGUUGUACCCAAGUCGUUAGCUGGAAAGCCUGAAGGAUGGAAUAGGGAGCAUCUAUGGCCUCGUUCUUAUGGGUUAAAAGAUGGUCCAUCCUUGACUGAUUUACACAACAUUCGCCCAGCAGAUGUGAAUGUCAAUUCAUCCAGGGGGAACAAAUACUACGGAGAAUGCAAAGUUCACUCAACUAAGUGUUUGAAGCCAGCAAACAAAGAAGCUGCUUUGGACACGGAAACUGACAAGGACAGAUGGGCACCACCUAAACAGCAUAGAGGAGAUAUUGCAAGGGCGCUGAUGUACAUGGCAGUAUGUUACGGGUUUCGUCAACCAGAUGGAGGCCCAGCUCUUCACCUUUCAGAUUCUCCAAAAAGUUCAGCAACUAGUGAGAUGGGACUGCUUUCUACAUUGUUAAAGUGGAAUGAGAUUGAUCCACCUUCAAGAGAAGAGAAGUUGAGAAAUGAAAGAGUCUGCAAGUUUUAUCAGCACAAUAGAAAUCCUUUUGUUGAUCAUCCAGAAUAUGCAAGUCUCAUAUGGGAAGAACACAGUUCUCUUCGUCUUCCAAGGAGUCAUGAAAUUCACAACAAAAGACAGUUCAAGACAACGAAACAUGAGCAGCUGAUUUUCAGUUGACAUGGUUCAAGCCUACAAGGAAAGACAUGGUGGAAUUGCUAUGACAGGCACGAAACAAUUUUUUAGUUCAUAAGCCUUGCUUCAGGGGAUGGUAGCCAGAAGGGUUUUCCAUGGCCUGUGGUGCUGCGACGUGAGUGUCAAACUAUCAUUUCAUUGGAUGC